UGUAGCACUGUCAAAUUAGAAACAAUGGAAUAUUAGAUAUCUUUGGUAGUGUGUCUCGGGGCUAUUACUAUAUAUUUUAGGUUUUAUGCUACUAAUUUCCAGGAAUUCAGACUGCAAAAAAUGUUGAAAGGAGACAGACUUUUAUACUUAAAUUAUUUCUAACAGCCUCAAGAAAACAGCACUUAACCUGAACAAGGCAAACUAUGAAUGUAAAACUUUGUUCCUGCCUUUUGGUAGUCUUACUGACCAAUAUUGCGUGGACUCGAAAUAUCAGACCAAUAUAUGAUGAGACCUCAUAUGAUUGGUCAUUCUACAGCUUUGAGUGUCCACAAAAAUUGUUCUGUCCACCUGGCUUCCCAAAUGCUUUAUAUGGUGAUAGUAGGGGACUUAAAGAAAUACCCAUCAUCCCAGCAAGAAUUUGGUAUCUUUAUCUCCAAAACAACUUCAUUGAAACAGUUAGAGGGAAAUCCUUCACAAAUGCCACUCAGCUAAAAUGGAUAAAUUUGAACAACAACAAGAUCAGCAACAAUGGAAUUGAAAAGGGUGUAUUUGCCAGCCUGAAGAGUCUUCUUUACUUGUUUCUUGAAGAUAAUGAGUUAGAACAGGUGCCUUCUCCACUGCCAGCAAGUUUGGAGCAGCUACGUUUGGCACGAAACAAAAUCACUACAAUCCCAGGAGAAGUCUUCAGCAAUUUGGAAAACCUCACUAUGCUAGAUCUGCAUCACAACAAACUUUUGGACAGUACUCUUUCAGAUGCCACGUUUAGAGGAUUAAGCAACCUCAUACAACUCAACAUUGCUCAAAACUCACUCACUAAAAUGCCACCAAUCCUUCCAGCAAAUGUAAUGCAGCUGUUUUUGGAUAAUAACUCUAUUGAAGCAAUACCGGAGAACUACUUUAAUGCAAUGCUCAAACUGCUUUUCCUUCGACUGAAUAACAAUAAAUUAACUGAUGAAGGUCUACCAACUAAAAUUUUUAAUAUUUCAUCGCUUCUUGACCUACAGCUAUCUAACAAUGAACUCACUAAAAUCCCAGCUAUUGGUAUUCACCUUGAGCAUCUUCAUCUUGAUAACAACAGAAUCAACAGUAUUAAUGGUACUCAAAUAUGUCCAAUUCCUAUUCCUGGAGAUUAUGUCUAUGAGAUGGAUCUGCCACGCCUCCGCUAUCUCCGCUUGGAUGGCAAUGAAAUUAAACCUCCAAUUCCAUUUGACGUCAUCCUAUGCUUCCGUCUCCUUCAGGCCAUUAUUAUUUAAAGACAGGAGAGUCACAAUUAGUUUGUCACAAUUUAAAGAGCAAGUUUUGCUGGCAUGAAACUUGUUUGACCUUCCUUAUGUCAUUUUGGAUUUUCAUUUGAUAUUCAUUUCCCUGGAAUUAUUUCCUUGAAAA